GUAAGAAAAAAAUAUGCACGAUUUUUACCGACUGGAGAAGUUAGCAAUUGAGGAUUCAUAAAAGACAAAUAGUGAGCUGUUUUACAUAACGGGUUAAUUCAUACAUACAUACAUGUCUCAGGUUAAUGAACAUCAAACAGUCACAAAAUACAAGGAAGUUGCAGAACGAGACUUAUGCAUGCUGUUUCUGGUGACACCAACUUCAGUUGUGUUAAAGAUAAGUUAAAGUUUGUGAUUGGAUCAGUUUGAAGAGAGACACUAAUGAUAAAAAGACUGAAAAGAUGAAGAAACAAACAGAAUCACAAACUUACAUACAAGCAUGUCUUGUCUUCCUUGUGUUUAUCUCCAUGACAACAGCAUCUGGUUACCAUGACUACUGUAUUAUUGGUGCUGGACCAGGAGGCCUUCAGUUAGGAUAUUAUUUGCAGCAACAGAAUAGAGACUAUAUCAUUUAUGAACGUACAAAUAUUUCAGGUAGUUUUUAUUCGACUUAUCCUCGCCAUCGAACACUCAUCAGUAUUAAUAAAAGACACACAGGAAAAACUAAUAAAGAGUUCAACCUCCGCCAUGACUGGAACUCUCUUUUGAGUAAUGAUGAAUCUUUGCUCUUCCGACAUUACUCAAAAGAAAUGUUCCCACAUGCAGAUGUCCUUCUGAAAUAUUUAGACGAUUACACAAAUAAACUAAAUAUAAAUGUACAGUAUAAUACAAAUGUCCGAAAUAUUAUAAAAUAUAAAAGUGAUAGAACAUUUGCAAAACAUGGAUACAUGUAUGAAUUUGAUGACCAGAAUAACAACAGAUAUAAGUGUUCAGUGCUUAUAAUAGCUACUGGAUUAUGGGUUCCUAACAUUCCAGAUUUAACAGGUAUUGACUAUGCAGAAGGAUAUGAGACAAUGUCCAUAAACCCUGAUGACUAUGAAGGGAAAAAUGUCCUUAUUCUUGGUCGUGGAAACUCUGCCUUUGAAACUGCUGAUCAAAUUUAUGGUGCUACGGGUUUGAUUCAUAUGGUUGGUAGAUCCAGAGUGAGGCUAUCAUGGUCAACUCAUUAUGUUGGAGAUCUAAGGGCUGUCAAUAAUGCGUUGUUGGACACAUACCAGCUGAAGUCCCUGGAUGGAUUGCUAGAAGCCAGUAUCGAUGAAGUUAAGUUUGUAAAGGAGGGAGAGAAAUAUGGCCUUCAGUUCAAAGAUGAGGACGAUGGGCCUGGAUUGAUGAUAGAUAAUUUUGCUUUGCGAGAGCCUUAUGAUAAAAUAAUCAGAUGUCUGGGGUUCAAAUUUGACUUCUCAGUGUUUAAAAAUGAUACACUGAUGUCUAGAGGUUUUGGGAGAUCUAAAAAAUUCCCUCGGAUAGACCAUGACUACCAGUCACCUGACAAUCCUGGGAUGUAUUUAGCUGGUGCUGCCACACAUUCAUUAGACUUUAGGAAAUCUGCUGGAGGAUUUAUACAUGGGUAUAGAUAUACAGCACGAGCUUUAAGUAGAAUUUUAGAUUAUCGCUAUCAUCAAGUGCCUUGGCCAUCAAUGACUGUUCCACUAACACAGAUGAUGAACAUGAUGUUGAAGCGUAUAAAUGAAGCAUCAGGAUCCUACCAGAUGUUUGAUGUUUUAGCAGAUUUAAUCAUUUUAAAUGAUGAUAACACCACCUUUACCUAUCUAGAAGAAGUUCCUGUCAACUUGAUAGAUAAUUUAGAAAAACACACAGGACAUACUGCAAACAGAAUGAUUGUCCUUAUUAUGCAAUAUGGCCGAGAUUUCUCUGGUCCAGGAAAUGAUGUCUUCCGAAUUAACCGAGCAACUGGAGAACCUGCAGAUGCUCACCAUUCUAACUUCUUACAUCCAGUAUUUUAUUAUUACGAAAGAGUACCUACAGAAGAAGAAAUGAAGCGCAAAACUGAAACAAUGCCGAGACCUAAUAAGAUACAUCAUAUUGUUGAAGAUUUUUUGACGCAGUGGGAUGGUCCUGUCAGUCAUGUUCUACCACUUCGAAGAUUUCUUGAAGAUGUUACUGAUGUAAAUUUACGACACUCCUUUGCCGAGGACUGUAUGAAGAAAAGAUUACUCUUUCAAACUGUUCCCAUUUCUUGUCAGCAGGAUUUUAUGGAAGGUCAAGGGUUGAAAGGAACACCAGAUUUAAUUAGCCUUUCAAAAACUGCUAAGGAUAUGUAAAAACAAAAACCUGUUCAUCUUGAGAAGAUACACUACUCUAAAGUUUUGCCUGAAAAAACUUUUAUAAGGAUACAUAAUUAAAAGAUAAGCAAUGUUUAAAAUUUUCCUUGAUGGAACAGUCAUUUAAAAUUUUGUCAAAAUAAAAUAAGAAGAAAAGGUAAUAUUUUUAAUUAAUUGCAGUGAUUGCAAAAUUAGUGCAAAAGGCUAAAAAAAAUUAAAACAUAAAAUAUUUGAAUGAUGUUUCGACAAAAUUCAAAUAUCUAUCUGUAUCAAUAAGUUUUAUUAAUUUAUUCUCAUUUGUUUUAGAAAUUGAGCAGUGUAUCUAAAGGUAACAAUAUUUUGGGAAUGUCAGACAAAAACCCAUCCAUGUGCUCAUUUUUUAUUUGACAGAAAGAACUUAAAAGCAUGUGAAUAUCCAAGAAAAUUAGUGCCAUACUUAGAAAAUCUAAAUGAGGUGAUUGGAAGGACUAGUUGGCCUUCUUGACUUUUUUAUUGUGAUAUAGGUUGGGUUUUUGUUUGACAUGGCUUGGUUUUCUUCAAAUUAAAAAAAUUUUUUUUUAAAGAUAUUUAUUUUUAUAAAGCUGAAAGUAUUUUCUCCACAAAGCCAAAUUUUAUUGUCUCAUAAUUUUUUCUUUAUCUCAUUGUAUUCUUUAUAUUAAUAAACAUGUGCAAAAAGAAAUAUAAAAUGUCAAGAAACCAAUAUUAUUUACAUUACUGAAAAAAAAUGAACAUAUCAAUCCCAUGCAAAUGACAAAUGUUAGCACUGUUUCAGACUUAUGUAAAUUAAUUAAACAAACUUUGAAUUGUAUUAAUUUUGAAAAUUAUACAAUAAUAUUAUCAUUCAAUGUCAUUUAGAGAUUAUAUAUGACUUUUAUUGGAAAGAUUCAAAAAGUUAUACUCUCUCAAAUAGUGUAUGUUUAACACUGGAUCUAUUGGUGAUAAAAAAAAUCAAAUUUUAUAAUCCAUCAAUAAAUAGAAAGUGAGUUAUUCAUAUUUGUGAAAUGGUAUGAUAAUUGAAUACAAAUAAAUUGUUAAAUCUUUGCAAUGCAAAAUAAACCAUAAAUCAAAAGUUAAUGUAAGUUUUGUAUCUAGUGAAAUUUGUUUGAAAAUUUGCUAUUUAUAAUCAAUCUAUGCAAAGAAAAUGUAGGAGAAUUGUUGAUACUGAGUGUAGCCAGCAUUAUAUGUAAAUGUUGAUACUGAGUGUAGCCAGCAUUAUAUGUAAAUGUUUCUGUUUUUAUUGAUUUAUUGCAUAGAAAUAAUCUGUUUAUAUGGCUGUAUUUAUUUUUGCUUUUUUUUUUGAGAACUGAAUGAAAGGCGUUCUUGUUCUGUAGAUAUAUUCAACUUGUUUACUUUACUCAUGACUACAAGGCUCAUAGGUAUUUUAUUUAUCAGAUUCAAAAAAUGCAUUAUUUUUAUUAGACAAUGGAUGGCCAUUAUAAAACUUACAAUUCCUUUAAUUUUGAACACAUGUAUUCAAUUAAUACAACUUGAAGACAAAAAUACUGUGACAAUCAUAGAUAUCGUACCACCAUGAAAUACCCGUCCUUUACAAAGUGCAACUGAAAUUACAGUUCUCCCACCAACCCUAGAUUUAAAAUUUUUAUUGUAAAAACAGUGUAUAGUAAAAUAUAUUUCAGUAUUUAUCAUUUAUCUAUCGAUUUUAUGGGUGCUAGUUGUCAUGGUUUAGGAGACCAUCUUUAUUUUAUUGGUUUUUGUGGGUUUUUUUCCUAGAUAAAUCAACAUGUAUUUUGCAGUCACUAUCAUUUUAAAACUACCAAAAUCAGCUCAAUAUUAAGAAGUACAGCAAAAUGGGUUGAUUGGGACAAUAUCUUGACAUUUUUUUAUUAUCAAGGGAUAAAAAAAAAGUAGGUCCAUUCGAUUGGAAAUCAAACUUGUAACUCAUGAAUUAUUAAACUCAAUAGUCAGCUUAAUAUAUGUCUUCUUAUACCAGCUUGAUUCAAGAAAUCACUUGACUGUAAAAUAGGCAUGCAGAUGGCACACGUUAAAUAUUCAGUAAUAACCUGAGUCAAUUCCUGUGCUAUGAUUUGAUUGAGUGGAAGCAAUUUGUUGUUUUCCUUUGUUUUGUAAAUACUUGUAUGUUAUUUCAUUUGUAUUGUGAUAUGUUUUGUUUACAUAGUCUAUUUGUUAUACAUUUUUGAUCAGUUCUACAGCAGUGGUAAAUAACUUUUGUCUUUUCUUUAUGUCUAUCUGAAAUAUAUUUUUGUAAUAUUUAUUGUGCUAUUUAUAGUGCCAUAUAUUGGUCUAUUAGUCCAACAGGGGACGUUAAUGAUUUGAAUACAAGACUUGUGCACUUAGUGUGAUAUUUUGGUUUAAUAUUAAAAUAUCAUCAAUAUCUCAAAGUCACCUUAGAGUAAACAUGCAAUUGUUGUUGUGAUUUACUGCAAAUUAUACAGCUUAUGUCAUAUGGUUUUGAAUAGCUGUGAUUAAAAUUCAAUAUAGAAAUUGUAGAUGAAGUAUUUCUGUCAGCAACAACUGCAACUAUUUUCCCAAAAAAUCUUACGAUUAAAAUUGAUAGUAAUUUAUACUGAAUUGUCCCUAACUUACGAAUGUUUUACUUGUAAGUUGGUUUGAGAAAAGAGUCACAGGUGCCUAAAAUUGUAUUAAGUUUCAUAUAUCAAAAUUUUGAAGACCUAAACAAUGCACAUGUAUCUAUGGAUGCCUACUACUAAAAAGUUUGCUUUUUGACCAUUUUACAAUCUUUUUUAGAAGAUAGACUUUCCCUUUACAGUGUUACAGGCAAUGGUCCUAAGGUUACCACCGGAAAAAAUAGAUUUUGUGUAAAUAGUUUAUUAAAAAAUGAAGGGUAAAAUGUCUCCCACCUAUGUUGAAGAAAUGAGUUUUUAACCUUUCUGAUAUGUUUUUCUAGAAAAACACUCCUUAUGCCAAUGCGUUAUCUUUCUAUUUAGGAAUUGUUGAUAAAUCCAGCUGGCUUUCGUCCAUUACUCAUUUGCUCAUCUAUAGUUAUUUCAAUAGAAAACUUAUAUAAGUGUUUGGUUGAAAUUGCUUAUUAAUUCCAAAAUACUUCACCACCGACUUAUUUAAUUGGUUUAAUUGAAUAAUUGCAUGUAUUUUUAUAAAAAGUUACAGCUAGACUGUAUGGGUUUAUACUUAUGAUUUGACCGCUACAAGCUUUAAUUAGUUAUCUUCAAUUAUUUUUUCAUAUUUAAUGAACUUGUGUAUAACUUUCUGCACACAAGAAAGCAUUGUAACAACCUAAAAGUUUGGGAUGGAAUAUACCAUUACAACAAACUUGUAGAAACAAUGGGGGGAUGGAAUAUACCAUUACAAGAAACUUAUAGAAACAAUGGGGAUGAUAACAAUGUUUUCUUGUAGAUUAUAUUGAAGCUUAAAAUUAAAAAUACAUUUUCGUGAAAUUAUUGUAUGUGGAAACAAAUUUGUGUAGUGAACUGACAAUACUGAUCUUGACACUUUUGUAUAGCAAAUUGCUUUACCAGUCCUUGUCAUAAACUGGACCUGUGAGUGAUCUUCUUCUUCCAUCAUACUUGAAAGUAAAGCAGGAAUUGUUUGUAUAUAAAAAAUAAAGGAAUAGAUAAUAUAUCAUCUACUUGUCACUGUGGCUGUACAUUGCAACUUACCAGUUUUAUUUACAAACAAGGGAAAUAACUUUCAACUAUUUUAAAGUAAGAUUUUUUAAUCUAGAUGCGAGAUAGGACUAGAGCUGCAUACAUUCUGGGACACUUAUUUGUUAGGAUGAUUGCAAAUAUUAAGUAAGUGAUUUAAAUGUAAAUUGAAUUUCAAAAGUGACAAUAAAGUUCUAUAUAUAUAUUAAGCUAAAGAUCACAACUACACCCUCUAAACCCCCUCACCCCAAAAAAUAACGAGAAAAAAAAAUAACACAUAUUGCUAUAAAAGCUGUUCAAGAAAAAAUCUGUUGAAAAGGAGAUAAAUUUUAUAGAACUUCCAUAAAAAGUACUGCAACAUAUUUCUACAUUAAUUUUAUCAAUAUUGUCCAAAAAAGGAAGGAACAGAAUAGUACAUACUAUCCAAUAAUUCAGCUGAUGAUUUGUAUAAUGUAUUCACCCGAGUGUCAGGCAUGUUAAGUUUGGAAUCCAAAUCCAUAACAUUUAUAAAAUUUAAGAUGAUGAGGGGAAAUAUACACAUUUUUAUACAACUUUUCCUUAUAUAUUGGGUAAAAAUCUAUUAAUUGCAUUGGUGGGGAUAAUAAUUAUGCAUGUUCUAUGUAGUUGUAUAAUAAUAUUGGAGAAUAUUUACAACUGAUGGAUAUUAUCAUGUUACAAAUUGCCAGUUUUUACUACACAGAAAGUAAAGAUUGGUGUUGUCAGUUCUCAAUUCAGUUCCAUCCCCAAACUUUGAGGAUGGCAUAUUCCUUAAUUGGCAUACAUAAAGAAAAUGGGUUUGUCAUAAUAAUUGCAUUAAAGAUAUUUGUACUACACUUGAUACUUUUCAUGCAAUAUAGAUUUAUUGGUGGUAGAAUCAAGUUUUAGAAGAUAUUCAGAGGUCAAAACACAGUCUUUAACAAUUGUGUCUAUACCACGUGUCAAGCUUUAAAAUUGCCGGAGAUUAUAGAUUCCGUUUUUAUUUUGCAUUUACUUUCGGUAGAAGUUAAUGAGAGUAAUUUACCAUUUAAAUUGUUUAAAAUUUUAUUUGAAAUCCAAAGCCUGUUUAACUGAUUGUAGAUGGGGUGUUUAUAUAUCUAUAUACAUACUGUUAUUUAUGAGACCUGUAUGCCAGAGAAGCCUGCAGCUUUAUCAAGUGAUAAUAAACUUGUUGAAUUGUUAA